AUGGAAAAAGAAGCUGAAGCACCAGUUGCUUCAACAUCUGAGACUUCCGAAACUUCUAAGAUGUCUAACCUACCUGAGCCAAAAAUCGUUGAGCGGUCUCAAAAGGACCAGCUCGAAACUAGCAAGCUUCCCGAACCUAUUGAGCUUAUAAGUGGAGUGGUGCCUGAUACACCUUCUAAAGAAACUGAUUCUUCCAAGCCUAUUAAUGAAGCUUCUUCGUCAUCUCAAACAAUAGAAAUGAAUUCAAUGUUAGCUGAAAUUGAUGCAAUGUUAGCUGAAAUUCAGAAAUAA